UCUACUCUUUUCUGGCAAUUGUAAUUUACAUGGGCCUCUUGAAAGUACCUGCACUUACUGAUUACUGGAGAAAAGGAAGAUUAUACAGUCUUCCUUUUCCUCAGUCAGUUCUGUCAGGUCGGAAAUUUUUCUCAAUUGUUCACGGGCUUCAUCUAAGCAGUCCAGACGAGGAUGCUAAAAAUGAAAGUAAAAGAGGCACUGCUGAUUUUUACCGCCUGGGCAAGAUCAAGCCCAUCUACAUCGACAUUAGAAAUGCAUGUUGUCAGAAUUUCCAACCAAAUCAGCAUAUCUCCAUUGAUGAGAGAAUGGUUGCUUCAAAAGCUCUAGUGAUAUUCAAACAAUACCUGAAAAACAAACCUGUUCGAUGGGGCUACAAACUGUUUGUGCUUGCAGAUUCUCAAACAGGCUACAUGUGGGACUUUUUUGUCUAUGAGGGCAAAAGUGCACAAGCAUGCAAAAAGGGGUUGAGCUAUGACUUGGUUAUGACUCUUGUCAACACCUCUUUAUUGGGCACAGGGUACAAGCUCUUCGUGGACAAUUUUAAUACGAGCCCAGUUCUGUUUCAGGAUCUCCUGCAAAAAAAUAUAACAGCCUGUGGCACUAUCAGGACAAACGGACAGAGUUACCCCAAAACUACUGUCAACAUCCUGGACACCAAAGCUACCCGUGGCAGUAUCAGGUGGAUUCGGAAAGACCCUUUGCUUUUUGUCCAGUGGAGAGAUACCAGAGACGUCUUCAUGUGCUCCACCAUGCACACCGCCCAUGGAGAGGAGACAGUGACGCGUAGGGUGAAAGAUGAGGCAGGCCGUUGGACCAAGAUAGAUGUCCCCAUUCCACCAGCCAUCAAAGACUAACUACAACAAGCACAUGGGUGGAGUCGACCUGUCAGAUGCUCUGAUCGGCUAUUAUGAGGUUCUCCACAAGACAAAGAAAUGGUACAAGACUUUUUUUUUUACCAUUUUGUGGAUAUUGCCAUUGUUAAUGCCUUCAUAUUGUACAAAGCCCAGUGCAAGGCAAAGGCAGUAGUUCCUGUGCACCAGAAGGCAUUUAGGGAAACCCUAGUCUUGGAGCUAGCAGCUGCGGGAUCCACCAGGACAGCACAACAAGAAGAGAACAGGGAAGACCACCAUCGUUUGGUGCACAUCAGCAGUGGUGGGGAUAAAACUAAUGGCCGGCUGAGGUGCAGGAGGUGCCAAGCAAAAACCCCUAUAAAAUGUUCUACAUGUGACAUGCCCUUGUGCUUUCUGCCUGCUAGGGAUUGCUACAAUCAGUGGCACAUGGAGAAGCGCUGAGCUGUGUUGUGACUGUUUGUAAAAAAUGUAUAUAGUUUGUGUGCAUCUAGAAGAGCAUUUGU